AUGAGUUUGACACUCCCGCUGUAUGCCUCAAGUGUGUCGCGGUGGGAGAUUCUGCACCAGGACAAGGAGGAGUUGGAGCGGAGGUUUGAGCGGGAGCUGGAGGGUCUGCGUGCCCAGCAGCAGAGUGAGCUGGCCAGGCUGGAGGAGAGACUGAGGCAGUAUCACAGCCUGGAGGUGCAACGCCUGGAGGACCAACAACAGGAGCAGAUGCAGAGACUGCAGACACAGCAGCUGGAGCAGAUGGAGGAGGUCACAGAGAAUCAUGAGGCGGCCCUGACUGAGAUGGAGAACAACCACAACGACACGCUGGUCACUCUGAAAGAGGAGCAUGCCAGGACUGUCAAAAACCUGAAGAUGGCCCAUGAGCAGCAGAGGAAGUCACUGGAGGAGGACUUUGAGAAGCUCAGACUGUCCCUGCAGGACCAGGUGGACACGCUGACGUUUCAGAACCGCAGCCUGAGAGACCGAGCCAAGCGCUUUGAGGAGGCUCUAUGCAGGAGCACCGACGAACAGAUAGUGGAUGCUCUGGCUCCGUACCAGCACAUUGAGGAGGAUCUGAAGAGCUUGAAGGAAGUUCUGUUAAUGAAGAACCAACAGAUCCACGAACAGGACGUUAAGAUCUCGGAGCUGGAGAGAAUGGCCCAAAAGAACGUGUUCCUGGAGGAGAGAGUACAGAUGUUACAGCAGCAGAAUGAAGACCUGAGGGCCAGGAUAGACAGGAACCUAGCCUUGUCCAGACAACUCUCGGAAGAGAACGCCAACCUCCAGGAGUCAAUGGAGAAGGAGAGCAAUGAGAAGAAACGUUUGAGUCGGAACAACGAGGAGCUGCUGUGGCGUCUGCAGAGCCCCCACAUGUCCCCCACCGGCUCCCCCAUCCACCGAGCCUCCAACACCUCCUCCCCCAGUCACCACCGUUCCUCCGCUGGCCCGGGGUCACCCGCACGACCGCACUCCUACCACCAAUGAGAAGGCCUCUCCCCAAUGCCUCUCCUACCGCCUCCAUCUCCCUUAUCUACUUUUCCAGAUGAGGAGGAAGAUGGAAGAACAUUUCUCCUUCCCACCACAUCCCUUCAUCCAUCCACUGACUUUAUCCAUCCAUCCGCUGACUUCAUCCAUCCACUGACUUCAUCC